CUUGAUUAAUUUAUGAAGACGAUUUUAAUGAUUUUUGGGGGCACUGGCGUGCCGGCUAAGAAAAGACGAGCACUAUGAAUUCGAAAACAAUGGAGUCUAACCUAGCUAGGUUUUACUCAGUUUUACCACUUGACAGUUAACCUAAAAACCCCACGAGGGAAAACAGCUGAGGCAUGAAACGGUGAUGAAAACAUCGAAUCUAGUCCUCAUUGUUGUUUGAAAAAUAAUAGAAGUAUUGGUUCUAUUUACGAUUGUCGAACAUAUUUCGUCAUUGGAACAAUUAGUUUGGGCAACUCAUGUGGAUACUGCGAGGAUAGAAAUCUACGAGGGAACAUUGUUGACGUGUUAAAUACGAAGAUUGGAUAAAAAGUGAAAUAGUCCUCAUUAUCAUUCAAAGAGUAAUCAAGAGAAAUAAUCCUCUCAUUUACGAUUGAAUCUCUCACAUUUUACUAUUGGAGCAGUUAAGCUGUGAAACCCAUAUAAAUAUCUAGAGUAUAGAGAACCACGAAGGAAAAUAAUGAAGAGUUGACCAAUAAAACUGCUGUGAAUAUUCAGAAAAUAGAGGUCCAUGGAAGAUAAUAAAACAUGAAGAGACAUGAACGUAAGAAUAUGGAAUAAAGUUCGCAUUGCCACUUGAAGACUAAUAAGAAGAAUUUCAUUUCUUACCUGAGAUUGAGCCCAACAUAUUUUUCACCAUCUGAACAGUGAACCUGUGACAUUCAGUUGACCUGUAAAACUCCUCUAAAUACAGACGAACUAAAUACACAAAGGCUAAUAAUAAUGAGAAUAUAAAGAGGUGAUAAAAACAUUAAAAAAGCCCUAAUUAUUAAAUCUGAAUAAGUGUCAAAAUUGGUUGAUUGAAAAUGGGAAUUCGAGGGUUAACAACCUACAUAGCCAACCGCUCUGACUACUUCUUCGAGCCCCACGAGCUCCAGAACACCUACCUAGUGAUAGACGGUUGGAGUUUGAGCUCCCAGAUCUACUGUAAAAUAGCCAGAUGCAACUGCACCUUUGGUGGUGACUACGAUCAAUUCUCCCACAGUGUGACCCAGUUCUUCGAGGACCUCCUGCGCUGUCAGGUGACUCCAAUAGUCCUCCUUGAUGGAGGCUGGGAGAACAAAAAAAGAAUGACUGUUUACAAUCGUGCACGUGACAGACUGUCCACAGCCUCAAACUUCGGUCCUGCAGUGCAGAACAGAUUGAAGUAUUUUCCCCUAAUGCAGACCGAUGUCUUCAGGGAUGUUCUCGUCAACCUGGGGAUUAAAUUUGUCAUGUGUCCCUUUGAAGCUGACGAGUGCAUUGCAGCUGUCGCAAGGAUCCUGAAGGCUCCUGUUCUGAGUUAUGAUUCAGAUUUCUAUAUUUAUGGAGUCGAGUACAUUCCUUUCACAACUCUAGACCCUUUCGUCAUCAAGAAUAGAUCAGGGUAUGCCAAGAGAUGUAAAAUAUACCGAGUGGAAAAGCUUUUGAAUAAAUUCCAGGGGCUGGAUGCGAGUCUUUUACCUCUGGCCUCGAUCCUCCUCGGUAACGACUACAUUAAACGAAGUACUUUUAAGGAUUUCUUCAGUAAAUUAAAGUUGAAGAAGAGUAAAACCCAAAAUGAACAGCAGAGGAGGAUCCAAACGAUUCUAAAUUGGCUCAGGAAUUAUUCCCUGAAUUCUGCGGUCGCUGCUGUCUUGAAAAAGCUGAGGAAAGACCGGAGGAAAAGGGUUCUCUACUCUAUUGAGCUCAUCAUCAAUGGAUAUUCGACAUUAACAACGUACAUGCUGGAGCCUCUGGGUCUGACCGAGACUUACACGUCUGCUAUCAAAGAGAACAAAACGAAAACUUUCAGGUUUCAAGGGGAUCUCGAUAAACUAGAUGCGAUGGGAGACGAAGUCGAAGCCGAAGAGACUGAAGAUGAAGAUGAUGAGGAGGAGGCAGAGGAGGAAGAGGUUGAUGACGAGCCUGAUCUCCUCGCAGCAGAGAAAUUCGCAUCAUCUGUACCAGAGUGGUUCAUCAAGGGUCAUCUAGCUGGCGACUUUCCCACGUACUUCAUCAACAUGCUGACGCACAAUCUUUAUAUUCUCACUCCACAGAUUGAGGACUUUGAUCAACCUUCCUCCCACGAGAUCAGUAUUCCCAUAAUCACGAGGAUAUUUAGCUUGUUGUCCUCUUCCAAGGGAGAGGAGAAUGUUCUGGAGCUGCUUGUGAGGGAAGGGAACCAAUUUGUGAAACGAUUCAUCACGGUUCCAAGGGCACCAGUACCUCUUGAAGAUCUCAGGGAAGUUUCGUCGGUUGAGAGAAGGGAAAUUAUUGACGAAGUCUUGAGAAUUUCUGAGGAAGAUGGAUUGGACAAUUGUCCAGAAGGCUGGAGAUUGUAUUUGGGUACGAUGAUCUUCUGGAUGAGGCGAGAGGUUCUUCCAGAGAGAAAUAAUAUUCACCUGAAUUGUCUGGUUGCAUCCAUGCUAUUCAGCAUUAUUGAUGAUAGAAUUGGGUUUAGGAGAUCGAAGAAAGCUUUUGAAAGGAAGUUCUCUGGGGAAUUUGAGAGGAUUGGAAAGGAGAGGAGGCAUCAGAAGUUUUUAAUUAAGCAGGAGGAUGAUGAUUGUAGUUUGAGGGAAGCUGUCGAUGCAGUUGAUGAAGAGGACUGCAUAAUGGGGGCGCAAUUCUUCGUCAAUCAUUUCGAAAUGGAUGAGAGACUUCGAUCUUUACCGAGGAGAUUUUGUGUUGAGAUUGUUCAUGCAUUUGCGCAGUUCCAGAGUUGCUUGAGGCACUCGAUGCACCUGAAUGCACUUUUGGGAUAUCCGUAUAUCCAUCCACGUCCUGCUGAGUUGUUUAAUGGAACUCUGUUGUAUAAUUUGUAUUCGAAUCUCUCGAAGAGGAAUGAUGCGCAGGUUUAUCUGCAGGGGAAGCUCGAGAAUGCUCCUGGUCUUCUUAGGGUCUUUCGAGGGGUCUAUCGGAUUGUUGAGGAUAGUUUGGGGAAGGUUAAAGAGGAGAAAGCGAAGAACUGCAAGAGGAGGCGGAAUAAGAACACGAAGAGAGUUGAUUCGGAGGAUGAAUUUUUGACUGCUGAGAGUGAUUUAGAAAGCCCGGAGAAGAGUCUUUUUUAUGAUCCCAGAAACCCUUUUUCAAUACUUACUGUGUCUUGAUUGACGGCAUGAUAAGAGUGAAGAAACAUAACGAAGGGGUCGAUCUUUUUGUACCUCUUGUUGAAUAUUGAUAAUCAUGAUGAUGAGUGAUUUUUACGGAGAAUGUAAAGAAAAUUUUUUGUUGGAAUUCAAAAGUGGAAAAAUUAUAAAAAUGUCUUUUUUUUACUUAUCACAGUUCAUUUUCCUACUGAAUUGGGUUUCUAUUCUGUAGUAAAUGAAACCUAAGUGUUGUGAAUAUAAAACAUUUAUAUUGUAUAAUUUGUAUUUCAAUUUUUCGAGGUUGAAUGAUGCACAGGUUUAUUUGCUGGGAAAGUUGGGUUUCUUAGGAACUGUCGAGGUUUGUAAGAUCGUUGAGGAUAGUUUGGGGAGAAUAAAUGAGGAGAAGACGAAGAGCUGGGAGAGGAUGCGGAAUAGGAACAAGAAGAGGGAGAGAGUUGAUUCGGAGGAUGAAUUUUUGGUUGCUGAGAGUUGGUUGCUGAUUUGGAGAGCCCGAAGAAGAGUCUUUUUUAUAAUUUUAGAAACCCUUUUUCCAUAUUUAUUGCGUCUUGAUUGAGGGCGUGAUAAGGGUAAAGAAACAUAACGAAAGAGUUGAUUUUUUUGUACCUUUUGUUAAAUAUUGAUAAUCAUGAUAAUGAAUGAUUUUUGAGGAUAAAGUAAAAAAAAUUUUUUGUUGGAAUUCAUAAUUGGAAAAAUGAUAAAAAUGUCUAAUUUCACUUAUCGCAGUUCAUUUUCCUACUGAAUUGGGCUUCUAUUCUGUAAUAAAUG